AUGGCAAGCCGCGUAUUGAGUGGGAAACUUGGUAUUGUCACAGGCGCUACCAGAGGGAUCGGAGCUGCCAUUGCACAGAAUUUGGCAAGCAAGGGCUGCUCGCUUGUACUGGGCUACACCAGCGCAACUUCAAGCAAGCUCGCCCGAGAUCUUGCAAGCGAUUUGAGAGAAAAGUACGACAUUGCCGCCGUCCCAGCACAGGCCGAUAUCGGCAGUGAGAACGGUGGCAACCAUGUUGUCGCCAUUGCGAAAGAGCAUUUCAAGGCCUCCCAGGAUAACGGAUUCCAGAUUGACAUUGUCGUUAACAACGCGGGAAUCGCGGAGCUGAAGCCAUUGGGCGAGAUCAAUCUUGACCUAUUCAACAGAAUUUACAAGCCCAAUGUGCUGGGGCCUAUUUUUCUACUUCAAGCCUGUCUCCCAUACCUGCCAACAGACCGCUCAGGUCGCAUAGUCAAUGUGUCCAGUGUCGGCUGUGCCCUGGGGCUUCGGGAGCAGACGGUGUAUGCCGGUUCCAAGGGCGCUCUUGAGGCGAUGACCAGGGUUUGGGCACGCGAACUGGCGGAAAGGGCGACUGUCAAUUCCGUGAAUCCAGGCCCUGUGCUUUCUGACAUCUACAAAGCAACGCCAGAUGACAUAAAGCACCUUCUGGGUCAAUGGAACCAAGUGUCACCAUUGGCGACGGUGAGAUCGCAGGAUAAGGCCGAGUUGCAAGAGUGGAUCAAAUAUGGAGGGCGUCCAGCGCUCGCCUCAGAAGUCGCCGGAGUUGUUGCGAUGCUAUGCACUCCAGAUGCUGCAUGGACAACUGGAAGCCUCAUUUCGGCAAAUGGUGGCAUGCGGUUUUCGUACUGA